CCCUGCCGCAGCAAACUGUCACAGGCAGGGCGCCGCAGCGCCCUCUAACAGCUAACCCCACUACAUACAAGAGGAUUUAUCCCCUUCUGUAAAUCAAUCUCCCAACAACCAGUCAACACGUUCCUUAAGUCGAGAGAAAAAAAACCAGUAAAAAAAAAAAAGAGAGAAGUCGGCAAAAUGACGACCCCCACAGCCGCGAAACACAUUGUCAACUUCAUAACAGGCAAUGCCAACAAGCUGCGCGAGGUGAAGGCGAUCCUGGAGCCGGCGAUCCAAGUCGAGAGCCAGACGCUCGAUCUGGUCGAGAUCCAGGGCACCCUGGAAGAGGUGACGCUGGACAAGUGCAGGCGAGCGGCCGAGCUGGUAAGCCGUGUUACCUCCUGGCCACCCGAACCAGCCAACGUUCGAAGAUGAAUGAGGUGGGAGGGCUGCUAAUCAGAAACCUUGUGAUAAACUGCAGAUCAAGGGCCCCGUCCUGGUUGAAGACACCUGCCUCUGCUUCAACGCCCUGAAUGGACUUCCGGGGCCGUAUAU